AUUGAUUCGUCAAUUGCUUCAUCCAAGGCUAGUAUAUAUGUGAUACUCUCUGUAAUCCACCCCGUUCGUCCCACAAAGUGCUUUUAAUUUCAUCAGCUAAAUCUGUGUAGGUUUCCGUCGAUUUCGCGCUUCCUGUGUGUGAUCUGAGUGUUGUGACCUUAGGCGGGCAUAAUCUUCUCAUUUGCAUCCUUUUGUGAAGAAUUCCACGCCUCAGCUUUCACCCGAGCAUGACGAAUCGACCUUCCAGCCGCUUUCUCAAACCCUUUUUCUAUAAAAUUGCGGCAGCCGUGACCGGGGGAGGAGGCAUUUUAUACCUAGCGUAUCGCCCACGCAAUAUCCCUGGCUCGGAUCCGGCUCCCAUUCCUGUCCCAUCAUAUAGCAGUGGAGGGAAUCUAGUUCUCCCACGCUUUCCUCGUGUCAAAACCCGUGAAGAGCAAAUCCAGGACCUAAAGCGAAGUUCACAGGCAAAGACGACGAGCUUGCUAUCCGGAAGCCGGAGCCCAGGAAAGGAUGCAUUUGGCCCCGAAAGCACUACAGCGCCGGAUGCUGAUGUGGCUUACGAUUUGCUUGUCAUUGGCGGCGGCGCGACUGGUUCUGGCAUAGCUCUUGAUGCUGCAUCUCGCGGUUUGAAGGUAGCUCUAGUUGAGCGUGACGAUUUCAGCGCGGGCACAAGCAGCAAGAGCACAAAACUGGUCCACGGCGGUGUACGCUACCUGGAAAAGGCCGUUUGGGAAUUGGACUAUAAUCAAUUUGCACUCGUUAAAGAAGCCCUUCGGGAACGCAAAUGGUUUCUCUACACCGCACCACAUCUUUCAAUGUGGCUCCCAAUUAUGGUCCCCGUGCAGAAAUGGUGGCAGUUGCCUUAUUUCUGGGCCGGUACUAAAUUUUAUGAUUUCCUUGCUGGAUCUGAGGGCAUUGAGAGUUCGUAUUUCCUCACCAAGAGCAAAGCCCUAGACGCCUUUCCAAUGCUGAAGAAGGAUAAUCUCUUUGGUGCUCUUGUCUACUAUGAUGGUGCCCACAACGACUCUCGAAUGAAUGUAUCUUUGGCAUUGACCGCUGCUUUAUAUGGCUCUACAGUUGUAAAUCAUAUGGAAGUUGUCGGUUUAACCAAAGACGAGUCAGGGAGACUCAAUGGAGCCCGUUUGAAAGAUUUGAUUCCAGGCAAAAACGGCAAAAAGGCAGAAGAAAUUACUAUUAGGGCCAGGGGUAUUAUAAAUGCCACAGGUCCAUUUACAGAUUCCAUCAGAAAGAUGGAUGAUCAAAGCGCCAGCGAAAUAGUUGCACCAAGCGCUGGUGUACAUGUUGUUCUUCCUGGCUACUAUAGCCCAACAAAGAUGGGACUGAUUGACCCUGCAACUUCAGAUGGACGUGUCAUAUUUUUCCUUCCGUGGCAGGGGAACACAAUUGCAGGAACAACUGAUGUCCCCACUACUAUUACUGCCCAGCCUAUCCCAUCUGAAAGGGAUAUAAACUGGAUCCUAAAUGAAAUCCGCGGAUAUCUUGCCCCGGGCAUCAAUGUGAGGCGCGGUGAUGUCCUUGCCGCCUGGGCCGGGAUUCGACCUCUCGUACGAGAUCCCACAGCUAAAAACACAGAAUCCCUAGUCCGUAGUCACCUCAUUACAGUAUCUGAAUCCGGUCUCUUAACUUGUGCUGGUGGAAAAUGGACAACUUACCGGCAAAUGGCCGAGGAUGCUGUUGACGAAGCUAUCAAACAGUACAAUCUACAGCCUCGCCCUAACAGACGCGUUCUUGACAUCAGCGGAAUGGGACUUUUCGACGAUGGUGCGGUUCUGGAUGGGUCGUGCCAGACUCAUCAAAUCCGCUUGGUAGGUGCCCAUGGCUAUUCGAAAACGCUAUUCAUUAGGCUCAUCCAACACUUCGGGAUCGCAACAGACGUUGCUCAACAUCUCGCAGAGUCUUACGGAGAUCGUGCAUGGGAUGUGGCCGCUAUGUCAGCUCCCACGAAAACGCGAUUCCCAGUCCGUGGAUUGCGCAUUUCUCCUCUAUAUCCGUUUAUCGAUGGUGAGGUCCGCUAUGGCACGCGUGUUGAAUAUGCACAGACAGCGGUGGAUAUUUUGGCACGGAGGACUAGAUUAGCAUUCUUGAACGCCCAAGCCGCCCUCGAAGCUCUCCCAACAAUCAUUGAUAUCAUGGCGGAGGAACUAAAUUGGGAUGUUAGGCGGAAAAAUGUUGAAUGGAAUGACACAGUGACUUUCUUAUUGUCGAUGGGACUCCCUAUUUCUCGACUUGGCGUCACACGUGAGGAUGUUGAAAGUGGCCAAGCAAAGUUUGACGAAGUGGAACGGAAGCUAUACACAAGACAUGAGGGUCCCGUGGAUUUUUCCCAGGUUGACGCAAACACUGCUCAAACAGCUGAGAAAGGGUUCGGGUCCCCGUCGCGGAAAUGACCUCAACCCCUUGAUGAUAUGCUCUGUCAUCAAAACAAUACCUCUGCUCAGGACAUAUCCUAGAUUCCCUGCAGAUUCCGUGCACUACGUUGGCAGCUGGAGCGAUAAGUCUGUGGUAUUUGUUCUACCAGCAUCCAACUUCCACGAAAUCCACCUACCAUUUGUUAGGUGCCGCCUUUUCGCGGGAUCCAUUGGGCUACAAUUCUGUGCUAAGAAAGUGAGCUAUAUCCAUACCAUAUCGUCUGACUCAAUACCAAAUAUACCAAGCGGAUUUUCAAACUUCCCAGAAAGUAUCGCAUCAGAUAUUGCACCAACACCUACAUCUAUUCAACCGUCUAGCCCAAAAGACAUCUCUCUGUAUUCUGGUCGCUUUCCUACCAGAAAUAUACCUAAUAUCUCAUAGUACUACCGUCAUGGCCG